AUGAAUGCUGCCGCACGAGUAACUGCUGCAAAGCGAAUCUACUCGACAUAUCUAUCAACUAAUCGCGCAACGUUUCCUUUGCGUUGGACACAUUUCAUUUCUGGCCCACCAGUUGAAGAUGUUAUCCAAGUCAUUACAUUAGCCCUGGACUCUCCAAGUGCUGCAAUAUUUGAUGAUAUUUCCUAUAUCGCUAUGCAAACUUUGGAAAGCAUUUAUUCUGGUACAUACACGCCCGUGGACUACGAUAUGGAGCCCAUGUCAUCACAAGAUAGCAACCACUGCAUGAAGUUUAGAAAAAGCGCAUUUUACCAAGCAAUGCGUAAUGAUUUGCGAGGUACAAUUCAUCUGACCACUGUCCAGCAUGCACGUGCAGUGGAACGAUUAGUGGAUCUAUCCAAUACGCUUCCCCUAGACCCAAUUAUUUGGGACAAAAUAUAUACAUCUUUAGAGGGUGUCUAUCUAGACCACGAAUCUCCCAUUUCCAAAUCCAUUCAAACCGCAAGGAAAAAUAUUGGACUGCUUAUUGCCCAAAGCGGAUCUAAUCGUGCAUGGAGCACAUCAUCCUUGAAAGAAGAAGAGUCGCCGUUUUCAUCUACAAAGAUGCUUCGAUCAGGAGCACAGAAUACUCGUACAUUUGAUUCAUCAGAAGCCAGCCACACCUUUCUUCCUGCUAGAGCAGGUGAUAGCACAAUGUGUGAAUAUUGUGGACUCCGACUUACAUUUGAUAGAGGCACAGAAGACAGUGGCUCGGCAUAUCGCUGCGAAACAUGCGGCUAUAUUUGCCACAAGAAUUGUCGUAGUCAAGUUCACGUCACAUGUACCCGCUCAUCAGCUGCAGUUGAUCUGGAUAUGGGAGCUGAGGUGCAUUCGGAAAAAAUUAGACUCGUCAGUGAAAAGCUUGCUGCUCUUGAAAAGGAAGUUGAUAUUGAAAUGAAAAUUCGAGAUGGCCUUGAAAAAAUCACUAAAGCCAAGCAUCUUUCCGGACUGGGAGGAUCAAAUAUAGCUGGAAGUGGAAAUCUUUCUGGUGGGGGCACAGUUGGCAUUGGGAAAUCUAGACUCAAAAAACCCACGUCGAUUGAGCAAGAAGUCACAUCCCAGCUUGAGAGAAACACCAAGCGAUUGGCUGCACUCAAACAUGAAAUACAAAAAAGACAUUUGCAGCUUCAAAAUUUACAAUCUAUAGUCGUAGCAACAGCUUCUUCGACACACUCGGAUUCUAUUUCUGAAUUGUCCAAAACAAUAAGUUGUUGUGAUUUAUCCAACCAAAAUGGUAUCGUGAAUGCGUCAAAUAACAGUAUCAGUGGAGGAAUGCGCUCCCUAAACGCAUCAUACAACCCACAAUCAACAUCACGACUCGCACACACAGACGAGAUGCACGAUGGUGGCUUGAUUAGAGUUUUGAUUCAAGAUCCAUCUACAAAAACAGAGUCUAAAAAGGCAAUUUAUAUUGGUGAAAAUCAGUCUACAGUCGAGGUUAUUGAACGGAUUUUGGAAAAAGCCAAUCUGCCUGGAAUUCCGACAGAAUUCGAACUAUCAUACACACGGCCAGAUGGAGGGCGAGUUUUGGUCAAGGACGAAGAUCGGCCGUUGCAGAUUGAAGAUGUGGACUUUUCUGUGAUGUUUUUUAAAAUUUCGCAUCGAGAAGAACCCAUACCUCGUAAUUUAAACAAUCCUUUGAUCAAGAAGCAACGGGAAAUUCUCAUGGAAAUCUACGAAUCUGAAAUGAACUACUCACAAGAUCUUAAACUUAUUGUUCAAACAUUUUUAAAGCCGUUUGAGUCAUCUGGAAUGCUGGAUAUGCCUACUUUGGAAAAUAUCUUUAGCAACAUUGAGGAAAUUGUAACAAUUCACGAGUCGUUGGGAAAAUCUUUAAAGGAAGUCACCAAUGACACAAAUUUUCAAGCAAAUACAAUUAUCAAGUGCUUUACAGAUUCGGUUUUGCAAAUGAAAUGCUACACAAUCUAUUGUGGCAACCAACACAAUGCUCGAAGAACACUUGGAAAGCUUAUUACUGACUCGGCAUUUGCUAAACUCGUACAGAAAUGCGAGGCAAAUCCAAAACUGCACAAGCUUUCUUUGGCAGAUAUGUUGGUGAAACCUAUGCAUCGUAUUACUCGAUAUCCAUUGCUGUUUAAACGGCUUUUACCAAAUCUCGGUACCGAUAGUCGAGAAUUUAUAGCGCUUAGUGGUUUGCUUAUUGAGAUUGAAGCCGUGAUUUUUUUGGUCAACGAAACAAUUAAAAUGAGAGAAGCAACUUUUCGUAUUCAUCAGCUUGAUGAGGUGCUCGACUUUGGUGUAGUCUCAGAGAAAUUUAAAAUUGCAAUUGAAGGUCGAAGUCUAAUAUCGGAAAAGCUGUUGCUGUAUUUCAAAAAAUCAUCCAAUAUUCCAGUAGAAAUUACAGUUUUUUUGUUUUCUGAUAUGCUUUUACUAGUUAAAUCUAAGCGGCCAGACCAUUUGAUGCUAAUGAAGGCACCCAUUCCCCUUGAAUCUGUCGUUAUUUUGGAUAAACCGGAUGAAAUCGACAAAAACUUAUUCCAAAUUAUACAUCUUGAAGAAGAUACGCAUUUAAUGCAAGCAUUUAGUUCCUAUGAUAAAAAUACAUGGCUUCAGGAGGCAGAAUCAACUCGAUCACAUUUCAGCGCCAUCCACUAUGAUUUGGAGUCUAAUUACAUGCGUAUUCAAACAGAGCGGUAUCGUAUCAUGAACUUGGAAAAACCUACAGUGAAUCACGAAACAAAUAUAUCUACUCAACAGGAAUUAUAUGAUCAAGCCAAUGGACUUUCUCUUGGCGUGUUAGCAAAAAUAAGGCGACGAGGGUCAGACACAUCCACAAAGAAAAAAACAAUACUCGGCGAGGCUGAGCAACUGCGGAAUGAAGAUGGGCAGAUCAAACGGCAAUCAUCACUACUGCAAAUAUUUCGAUCACGUAAACAAGAGGAAUCGUUAGAUCCUACAUCAUCUUUAGAGCUGAAUGAGUGUGAUUUGUCAGCGAGUCAAUGGGUACACGAUCGCUCACGACAACUCUCUAGCCAGUCUACUAAUGCAAUAAAUGCCUAUCAAACCGAGCAAAUCCGUGAAUCAAUUGCUGCUUCUGGACGAGGUUUUGACACCUCAUACGGCAAUCCUGGUAGUGCAGGAAUGAUUCAGCGAAAUGAUAACCGAAUUCUUGUUCGAGGAAGUACGACAGACAUGUUGGUAGAAAAACCUGAAUGCAGUACAGCAACCACCAGCCCAAAAAUAUCCGACUCACAUGGAUUAUCCAGCAGCAAAGGAUAUCUGGGUCGUAAAACAACAACAUCCAAGAUGAUUACACGAAUCUUUCGCAUGUCAUCGCCCGCAGUCGAUAAAACACAGGAAAAGCCAAGUAUCAAUGGUCGUUCCAUACAUAAUUUUUCAAACACAAAUGAAACCAACAGUGUAAUUACUUUACAAGCAACAGGAUCUAACGUAGUGCCAGCAGUGACCAACCCAGACGUCAGGUCAUUGGAAAACUUUGAUAUUGAUUCGCUCUUGGCAGAAGGAAUAGCUCCGGAAAACCUGGACAGUUACCAUCAACAAGUAAAAAAGAAACGAGAUCUAAUGGGAGUUAUUGGCAAAAUGAAGCGAUCGCUCAAUCCAGUAUCAAAUUCGGAAUCCCCUGUGCCUGGUCAAUCAUAAAUGUAUUGAUUUUUCACCAAACUAUCAUAUUUCCACUCCUAAGCUGAACCACUGUUUUUACCAUAAUUGAAACCAUUUCAUAUACCUCCAAAAUACAUGAAUUUC